GCCGAAACCCGGAAGCGGUCAGAGGCGGCCGGGGUCUCUGACGUCCGCCCGACAUGGACGAGGUUGACCGGUGGGUCCUGCGGCGGUGCCGGGUGCGGCUGGUCGGCGAGCUGCAGGUGGCCGCGCUCUGGGACGCUCUGCUGAAUCGCGAGCUCUUCACCCCCGACAUGAUCGAGGACAUCCAGCGGGCAGACUCUGGAUCUCGGCGAGAUCAGGCCAGGCAGCUGAUCAUAGAUCUAGAGACCCGAGGGAGUCAGGCCCUUCCUUUGUUCAUCUCCUGCUUAGAGGACACAGGCCAGGACACUCUGGCUUCGUUACUGAGAACCAGUAGACGAGCAGCAAAGCAGGAUCCAGAGGCCAUCAGACCCCUGGACCUCAAGCCUGUGGUGCUCAGACCAGUGAGCCUCAAGCCAAAGGAGCUGAGAGGGGAGAAGCAGGAUCCAUCGAAGCCGAGCCAAGGAAAACUCGCUCCAGUGGUGCUGGGGCCUGAGGAGCUCUGGCCAGCCAAGCUCAGGCCCGAGAAUCUCAGACCAGAGGCACCCAGGCCAGUGGACAUUGGUUCUGGAGGAUUCAGUGAAAUCCGUGCUCAGGACAGAGCCAAGGGAAAUGCCGACUUGGCGUACGUCCUGAACGCAGAGCCCUGUGGACACUGCCUCAUUAUCAACAACGUGAACUUCUGCCACGAGUCGGGGCUCAGGACCCGCACGGGCUCCGGUAUUGACUGUGAGAGGAUGCAGCAACGCUUCCACUUGCUGCAUUUCGUGGUGGAGGUGAAGUGUAACCUGACUGCCAAGCAAAUGGUCCAGGCUUUGGUGGAGCUGGCGCGGCGGGACCACAGUGCUCUGGACUGCUGCGCGGUGGUCAUCCUCUCUCAUGGCUGUCAGGCAAGCCACCUCCAGUUCCCGGGUGCUGUUUAUGGCGUGGAUGGAUAUCUCGUGUCUGUCGAGAGAAUUGUGAACAUCUUCACUGGAACUGGCUGCCCCAGCUUGGGAGGGAAGCCCAAGCUCUUCUUCAUCCAGGCCUGUGGCGGAGGUAGGCCGGUCCUCAGCCUCCUUGCCCCUAGCAGAAAGACCAGGGGUUUGAGGUGGCCUCCACUUCCCCUGAAGACAGGACCCCUGACAGCGACCCUGAGCCUGAUGCUACCCCGUUCCAGGAAGGCCCAGUCACCGUCGACCAGCCGGAUGCCGUGUCCAGUUUGCCCACACCUAGCGACAUCUUGGUGUCCUACUCCACCUUCCCAGGUUUUGUCUCCUGGAGGGAUACCAAGAGUGGCUCCUGGUACAUCGAGACCCUGGACAGCAUUUUUGAGCAGUGGGCUCACUGCGAGGACCUUCAGACACUCUUGCUCAGGGUUGCUAAUGCUGUUUCAGUGAAAGGAAUUUACAAACAGAUUCCUGGCUGUUUUAAUUUCCUCCGGAAAAAACUUUUCUUUAAAACGUAAUGAGGCUGGGGCCUCUCACCCUGCCUUACCUUUCACCCCAAAACCUUCCUGCUCCAGCCCUGGUGGCGGCUGAGGCCUGGACUUUCCUACAACUGUGGCUGACACCCAUUGAAGGAUUCUGUAGCCUGUAGAGGUCUGCUGUUUCCCCCCCCGGGCUGCAGACAGGCUCCUAGCAGCUUUCAAACUGGAGCCAAAUGACCGGUGAUGGAGGAAGGAGAGCAGAAGGCCGUGGACACCACAGGGCUCUUUGCCAGGGGCCCGUUCCUGGCUAGUGGCUGUGGCCUGUGACCCCUGUGUUUUCUCCACAUCAGGGCUUCUCAGCCGCAGCACAGCUGACAUUUGGGGCCAGAGAAUCCUUAGUUGUGGGGCCGUCCUGUGCACUGUGGGACAUUUAGCAGCAUCCCUGGCCUCUCUCCACUAGAUGCGAGCAGCACCCCUUCCCCGAGUCGUGACAACCAAAACUGUCUUCAGACAUUGCCAAGUCUCCCUGGUGGGCCCCCACUGGAGAACCACUGAGCUACAGGAAACUUUGGUGACAAGCAGACCAGCAUCUCUUUUAGAUCAGCAGUUUGGGGCUACUAGAGUUUGAAGAGUUAGAAUCUGUGAAUCCUAAAUGAAGUUUUAAAAAUUACCAAGUUUUGUCUAUAUUGCAGUGUUCUUAAAAACAAAACAAACCAAAACCUUAGGUGAAUAUGGACUCUCUUUCACCUAUUUCCCACCCCCCCCUCAUUUUGCACUAACUCUUCCUUAUAUAAAGGGGACUUUGGAUUUUUGGGAAACAUUCCCCAGCUCUUAUUUCUUUUGACUUUCCCCCCUACCCCAUCACAGGAAGGUGACUGGGGUGGGAGCUGUGUGUUGGGGGAGGUUAAGUCACCUGUCCAGGGAACACAAUUAACCAGUGGAGAGACCUGGCAAGGCCCAGGUCUUCCUGAGUCCAGCCCAUCCCUCCAGGUGCCUUCCUGGCUGCAGGACCUGCACCCUUACCCCCGCCGCCAAGGCCUUUAAGCUGCCUCGACCCCAGCCUAUUUCUUGCUUUCAGGGCCCUAGAUAAGAGGACGAUUUGCUAAUAAGACUUUCACCAAGAUGUGAUUCAUGUAGUUGUCACUUUAUUAUUACUUUCCUCCUGUGACCUUUCCAAGUCCGAAACAGUCCCGGGGACUUCUGGUGGUUAGUUAUUUUCUUAUUUUCAAUCACCUUCAGGACACACACAAGAAAAUAAUCAGGUUAACCCAGCAGAGCAGAGCCUUGCUUGCAGGUUCCCGGCUUUCUCCCUCCCCGCUCUGCGCUGCCCGUGUGAAUCAGGCGGCCCGCGUUGAAGCAGCUCUCCCUAGGGGCUCUAAUGACGCUCCAGAGAAAAGAUGUCAUCACAGCUUUACACUGACCUGUUUGGGCUUCCUGUAAAAAGGAGUCUUAGCCUGGAGUUCAGUUUGGGCUUCAGGGCGGGGGGCCUGGGAACUCAAAAAAUUAUACGCCGAAUGUAUGGAUGGGCAUGUUUGUAGAUUUCAUUUGUUUCUCAAAAGGUUUGAGAGCCCCUAAAUUGUUAACAAUCCCUGCCGUUGUUAAAGCACCAUCACGUGCUGAGAGUGGGGCUGUAACCCGUUUUCGGAGGUGGUUUGGCAUCUCCUAAACAUCCUAAUGUGCCGACUCCGUGAUCCAGUGACGCUGCGUUAUCUCUGUAGCAUAGAUGCUCUCAUCAGUGUGCAAGGAUAUACGUCCAAGGAUGUUCAUUGCAGCCAUGUGAGAGUGGAAAAUAGGAAACAGAUGAAAGCUUCAUUCAUUAUAUUCAUACUAUGGAAUUUUAUUUAGCUGUUCAAAAGAAUGACAUAGAUACGUGGGCUCACAUGUAUAAUAUGAUAUGGUGUUAAGUGAAACGACUAAGCUGCAGAACAGUAAUGGAGAGUAAAACCCUAUUUUUGGUUAGAAGACAGUAUGUUUAUAUGUACGUAUAUAGAUAUUUUAUAGAUGCACCAAAAUAAAUCCAGAAGACCACACACCAAGCCAUUGGCCAUGAUUAUCUCUGGGGGGGGUAGACCUGCAGAUGUCAUACAAGGGGGAUGUCUACUUUUUUACUUGAUACACUUUUAAUACACUUGAUAUGCUUUUAAUAUUUUUACCAAGAGUAUGUAUGACCUUCUAAAAUAAAAAUAAAAAUAAAGCUGGUGAACGCUGAA